AUGCUGCGCUCUUCUGUUGCACCGGGUCGGCAGCUGCUGUUGUCUUCCGUUCGCCAACGGACGGCUUCGCAAUGGCUGUCUAGAGCUGGGGCUAGCAACCGGCUCUCUGGUCAGAGAUUCUUCGCCGAUGCCAAACCUCCUACCAGUGCCCCUACCCCUGUCUCCCCAUCAUCCGAAACACCCAUUCCCCCGGAGACUGUUCCCAAGCCAUCGCCUAGUGAGCAAGAUUCUCAGACUCCUCCACCGCCCCCAACCGCCCCGGCUCGUAAAACGGGACGCUUCCGAAGAUUCCUUCUCUACCUGAUUCUCACAUCUGGUUUCGCCUACGGUGGAGGUGUCUUCCUUGCAUUGAAGUCCGACAAUUUCCAUGAUUUCUUUACGGAAUACAUUCCAUAUGGCGAAGAGGCUGUUCUCUACUUCGAGGAACGGGACUUCUAUCGUCGUUUCCCGAACACUCUGAAGGGUCAGGCCCGCAUCUCUGGACACAAGGAUGAGAGCAGGAAGGUUACAAUCCCAAGAGAGAGUGGUCUUACUUCGAAGGCUGCAGAGGAGCAGGGUUCUGGAAGCGAUCUUUCUCAAAAAGGCCCCCAUAUGAGUGCUGUCAAGGGUGACGAAGCCCAAAUCAAGACCGAGAGUGCUAAGCCUGAACAUAAGACCGCCGCCGUCGAGAAGGCUAAGAGUGACAAGGCCGCUAAGGAUCAGGCACCCAAGAGCAGUGAUAAGAACGCCGAGGAACCUAGACAACCAGCACUGCCUGCUGUGACAACCUUGGAGUUCGCUCAGGUCAAUGAGGGAGAUGAAGCCAUUGUGCAAGAGUUGGUGAAGACUUUCAACGACAUCAUCACUGUUAUUAGUGCCGACGAGAACUCUGGCAAGUACUCUACGCCUGUUGCCAAAGCCAAGGAGGAGCUCCAGAAGAUUGGGGAGAAGAUCAUCGCGGUCAGAGAAGAAGCCCGUCGCGCAGCGCAGGAGGAGAUCACCAAAGCCCAUGCCACUUUCGACGAGUCUGCUCGCGAGCUUAUCCGCCGGUUUGAGGAGUCGCGCGCUGCUGAUGCUGCCCAGUUCCGGGAGGAAUUUGAGUCGGAGCGGGAGAAAUUGGCUUUUGCUUACCAAGAGAAGAUCCAGACAGAGCUUCAGAGAGCUCAAGAAGUUGCUGAACAGCGUCUUCAGAAUGAAUUGGUUGAACAAGCCAUUGAACUCAAUCGCAAGUACCUCCACGAGGUGAAGGAUCUUGUCGAGCGAGAGCGUGAGGGCCGUCUUAGCAAGCUCAACGAACUGACCGCCAACGUUAGCGAGCUGGAAAAGCUUACUAGCAGUUGGAAGGAUGUGAUCGAUACUAACCUGAAGACCCAGCAACUUCAAGUCGCUGUGGAUGCAGUCCGCUCCGUCCUUGAGCGCUCCUCGGCCCCUCGUCCAUUUGUUCGAGAGCUUGUUGCUGUGAAGGAACUCGCUGCGGAAGAUCCUGUGGUUGAGGCUGCGAUUGCAUCUAUCAAUCCUACCGCAUACCAGCAUGGCAUUCCCUCAAAGUCUCAAAUCAUUGAGCGUUUCCGCCGCGUCGCUGAUGAGGUUCGCAAGGCAAGCCUUCUACCUGAGGAUGCGGGCAUUGCUAGCCACGCUGCCAGCCUCGUCUUGAGCAAGGUCAUGUUCAAGAAGGACCCUGCUGCCCACAGCGAUGAUGUUGAGAGUGUCCUUGUUCGCACCGAAAGCCUCCUGGAAGAGGGUGACCUUGAUGCCGCUGCACGUGAGAUGAACAGCCUGAAGGGGUGGGCAAAGAUUCUGAGCAAGGAUUGGCUCGGAGACGUGCGCAGAGUCCUGGAAGUGAAGCAAGCUCUAGAGUCCCUCGAUCACCGUCACAUACCCCCCCUUUUUCUAUCGCCCGGGACCGAACAACACUCCGCUUUGGCUCUGAUGUCGCAGAGGACCGAUGCAUCGCCUACGCCACCAAAUCCUCUCCCCAGAGUGGAAGAGAAACCGGUUAGAUCUGGCUCGUGGCGCUCUUCUCGUCGAUUUGAAUCCAACGACAAACCCGGCCGGCAAAGGAGCCUGCGAAUGAGCGAAGGACGAGAGAGUGGGGAGCUGGAAGGCAGCACACUCGGUAGCAGCUCCCGCGACGGGGAUAAGGGUGGCCGAGGAUCUCGACGAACACACAGCUCAGGAGGUUUCUUACUGGACUCUUCAUUCCUACCCAGAUCAAGUAGCCUCCGACAUAGUUAUCAUCGCGCUCAUCACUCGGAAUCGGAGCGAAGGGAGAAGCGUGGAACACCCCCCGAUUCGGAGAUUGUGGUACCCAAGAAGCGAUCGCGAUUUCCUUGGAGCCGCCAAAAAGAGUCAACUAAGGAAUCUCCAGCAGCGGCCCCGGAGAGAAAAGUUUCCCAAGAAACCUCUGGUCCGUUACAUUCACGACAAGAUGCAGUACUUGAUCCGUCACAAACUACGGAAGCCAGAAGCGAGGCUCCCCUGGGCCUGGAUAGGGACUCAUUGCAAAUCGUCAAUCUGGCCUUGAAUUUGAGCGAAUCUAGAAGAGUAAAUACUCAUGGUCGAGUGCCUUCCGGCCGCGUUGCGGGAGGAGGAUGGACCGCGUCUGCAGGUCAGCCUUCUGUUUCACCUAGUGAAAGCCGUGCACCUAUUGCACUGGGCAGUCAAAAUGACGGCCCUUAUCCUCAACGCAGCUUUAGUCAGAUGCCCGUUGAUGAUCGCUCGAAGCUUUUGGGCGCCUCACAUGUGGACCACGCCGUGCAUGCACCGUCUUCUGUCUUAAAUCUGCUGCCCGAUUCUGCCAAUUCAAACUCCCUGCCACACGUAUUUUCGGACGGCACGCUUGCUCGAGCUGAGAAGGCCCGGUGCCAUUUCGAGCUCUUCUCAGAAUAUCUCCGAUUGCUUCCUUCGCUUCCUCCUCUGAAACCGUACGAGGCACACGCGGACCCAGAUUCUACUUCAGCUGGUGCUGGCGUCCCCGUUCCAGGUCGCUCGUACAACCCUCUUCAAUCUAUCCGGAACCGCAAAGUUAGAUUCCGCGAGCGAUGUCCCAUCGAUACGGAAGCAGAAGGCUGGACUAAUGUCGGCAAAGUUCAUGAAUGGGUCGACUUAAUCAGGGACCAGUACAAUCAACAAGAUCAUAGCUCUUUCGAAUGCUUGAAGCUCCCACCUUUCCAUCAAGGCUCGAAGGACUUGUCACAUAAAGAACCGGAGGAUGAUGAGAUUAUCGCAGCCUCUCCUUCCUCCAGUCUGAGGCGAGCCAGUCGUGCGAGCAGCGUAAAGGCUCGCAGACCAAAAUCUGAUUGGAUGAUCUCCCCACCAGAACUUUUGGCUGAUAUCGCGUGGGUUGAGGAUAUACAAAAUAAAAGCAAGCUUAUCGAUAAAGAUGGGAAUAAUCUAUACCCCGAUCCCGUAAUGUUGAUCCCAUCCGAUGCCCUCAAAAUCAAAACUAGGAGCAUUCAAGAAGAGCUCCCAUCCAGGCGGGAGUCGGUAGACACAGACCAGCCGACCUCCCGCACUUCUUUAUCGGACGCUCACCCUGGGCUGACACCCGAGUUCAAACGGAUUGGACGGGGGAGACGGCGGCAUAGAUUUCAAGGUCCUUCUCAUAUCGUUCGCAGCAGUGGUGGAAGACACAAAUUACGAAGGCGAUCAAGCAGCUCUUCAAGCGCGUCAAGCCGAGAUGACAAGCAAUAUUGGAAAUACCAGGAAGAGUGUAUGGUAUCCCCUAAGAGGUCUACUUCUCAAAGGCCCGACCCAUCAAGAACAAAAAGAUAUGCCGCCCCACUAGAUGAAGAGAGUUCUCUAGAAAUGAAAAAUAUGUCGCCACAGAGCUCUAGCUUUCAACGACCUUGGAAAGCUUCGGACCGUACUAAAUCCCAAGAACAAAGGGAGUCUAUAUCCUCAGCGCCAAGUGUGGAUGACCGCUAUGACCGUUUGACAUCCUCAUUGACAGCCGAUGGAAGAGCGCCACUCACGCCUAUUCAACCCACUUUCUUUCCGAGUAUUGCAUCCAAUUUAUCGCCUCCAUCAAGCCGGUCACCAUCCCCGUCGAAAGGACGGUUCCCACGUGCCAUCAUCCCUCGCCGGGAGAGAAGCAAGAGCAACUCGCGACCUAAAGAUGCCGUCGACAAUAGUUCCCUAGAAUCAGAGGUACUACGUAUCAACAGUUUAUCGGAAUACUCAGAGGGUUUGCCUCGCACUGGUAGACUGGAACCGAGCCCACUUCCAAAUCAAAUUCCCUCUACGCAUCAAGAUGGCCGGGUAAGGUCGAGCCAGCAAGUACGGAAAGGGCUGGCACAGCAUGAGUCCAAACUCCGUGGCAUCUUCAAAGGCCCUGGGAAGAUCGCUGAAAAGGUUGGUAAUGAAAAAGAUUCCUUGGCCCAUUCGCGACAAUCUUCUUUUGAAUCACACGUCACGUCCGACGAGGAGAAUAUCCUAACCGAUGCCGAAGAAUCAAAAGGUGAUAGGGCCCCUGAUCUCAAGACCCCAUUACCUCGUGGGGAGUCAGAGAAAGCAUCUGGGAAAAAUUACCUAUCUGCGCCGUCACCCUUUCCAUCUCCCCCCCGCCAGGGCGAUCAAUCUGAGGGCCAUAGAAGAUCUGAUUUGGAGAUGAAGAGCACGAGGGAUACCGAAAGCAAAGACGAAGCUCUAUUGAUAUCUAAGCAGAAGAGGCCCGAUGCCCGCAAGAAACCCGAGAAGGUUCCAACUUUUGGCCCUGAGCUACAUACUAUCCGAGAACAAAUUAAGAAAGGCCGAAUAAAGGAUCCAUCUGUGCCAUACAGUCUCACUCGGCCCCCGAUCACGGGCCUUGCACAAGCAAAGGCAUCACAUGAACCGUCCUCCCACGAAAGGCGUUCCACGUCAUCCAGCCAGUCCAGAAGCUGGAGUAUCUCUGAGCGCAGUGUUUCUACCUCGAUAGAAUCCGGAGUCCCGGCAAAACGAGAAGUCGAACGUACCCGUGCGCUCCUUCUCUCUUCAGGUAUCAAGGCGCGAGAGAUCACUCGCCGGGCUCAUACUGUACGAAGUCCUCCGCCUGAGUUUCUUCGACGCGCGUUUGGCUCCGACAUGCCAGUUCCGGAGGUGCCCCGGUCGCAUGAGUUCGAUCUUGCUGUUCAAGCCUUAGUAAGGAGGUUUGAGAAGUCGGAGGAGCUCUUCACGCGAUCGAUGGAUAGUUAUCCUGAUGCUAAAACGUCAGCUCUGAGAUCUCACCUCGGCGAACUUGAAGAUCUCGUCAACAAUUCGCUCAAUCCACGUGUGCGGGCUGCCGCACAAGAUGCGGAAGAUUUGAGCAUUCAGCUCAAUACGACCAGCACCCUCGCGGUGAAACAGCUGAGCGACACGCUCGACAAAGGAAUUCGGAGGCGACAUCGCCGGUUACGCUGGAUACGACGUACCGGAUUUGUGAUGCUCGAAUGGGCCCUUGUUGGAAUAUUGUGGUGGGUAUGGUUGAUUGUCAUGGCUUUCAAGCUUUUACGCGGUGUUUUCCGAGGAGUAAUAUCUGGUGUUAGGUGGGUACUCUGGCUGUGA